UAGAACUUAUGAACCUUAUAUACUAUAUACAUCAAUAUAAAAUGUAAUCUAAUCGUAGUGUAUAAAAUAAAUAGAUGAUCUAAGCUAAAGCUAGAACAAACAAUGUUUGGGAUGCUCAAAAAGUACAUGAAGUAGGUGAGUUGGCUGUUGCUAUGACCGACUUGGCACUUAAAUUGGUCAAUGUUGAAUCUUGCCUAGGCAAAAGAUAUAUUUGAAAAAAAAAGAGAAGAAAGAAACAACAAACAAUUGUCGAAGCGCGCUUAGUGAGUUGUUAACCCAAGAACGAGUCGGUUGUACGCAAUGCCUGGGCUAUGGCAGUUGCUCCAGCUGCUGUUGCUGCUGAUCCCGGUGCUGCUCCUGCAACUGGGUGAUGUCGAUGGCGCCUCGAAACGCGUCAAGCUGUGCCUCCAGCCCAUGGUCAGUGGCCGUUGCUUUGGCUAUGUGGAGAGCUACGCCUACAAUCCGCUCGAGCGGCGCUGCGAGGCCUUCAUCUACGGCGGCUGCGGCGGCAACGAGAAUCGUUUCGACAGCAAGGCCGCCUGCGAGUAUGCCUGUCGUGAUGUCUGAUAACUGUUGGCCGAAUUAGUGUUGUUGUUGUUGUUGUUGUUGUUGACUGAUGACAAUGAUUGAUGUUAAUAAGAACUAGAGCUAGUG